UCUGCCCGCCCGGCUCCGCCCGCCCGCAGCCGCCCAUGGUGCUGCCCGGCCCGCCCGGCAUGGCCCGCUCCGAGGAGGUGCACCGCCUCACCGAGAAUGUCUACAAGACGAUCAUGGAGCAGUUCAACCCCAGCCUCAGGAAUUUCAUUUCUAUGGGGAAGACCUAUGAAAAAGCCUUAGCAAGCAUGACAUAUGCAGCCAAGGGGUACUUUGAUGCUCUGGUGAAGAUGGGGGAGCUGGCCAGUGAAAGCCAAGGAUCAAAAGAGUUGGGGGACGUGCUGUUCCAGAUGGCCGAGGUGCACAGGCAGAUCCAGAACCAGCUGGAGGAGAUGCUCAAGUCCUUCCACAACGAGCUCCUGACGCAGCUGGAGCAGAAGGUGGAGCUGGACUCCCGGUACCUGAGUGCUGCCCUGAAGAAGUACCAGACGGAGCAGAGGAGCAAGGGGGACUCGCUGGACAAGUGCCAGGCUGAGCUGAAGAAGCUGCGCAAGAAGAGCCAGGGCAGCAAGAACCCCCAGAAAUACUCGGACAAGGAGCUGCAGUACAUCGAGGCCAUCAGCAACAAGCAAGGGGAGCUGGAGAACUACGUGUCCGAUGGCUACAAGACAGCUCUGACGGAGGAGAGGAGACGCUUCUGCUUCCUGGUGGAGAAGCAGUGUGCAGUGGCCAAGAGCGCCAUCACCUACCAUGCCAAGGGGAAGGAGAUGCUGACGCAGAAGCUGCCGCUGUGGCAGCAAUCCUGCUCGGACCCCAACAAGAUCCCGGAGCGCGCCAUCCAGCUGAUGCAGCAGAUGGCUGCCAGCAGCAAUGGCACCAUCAUGCCCAGCCCUCUGUCCACAUCCAAGUCCAACCUCAUCAUCUCUGAUCCCAUCCCUGGUGCCAAACCUCUCCCUGUCCCCCCGGAGCUGGCACCUUUUGUAGGACGCAUGUCGGCGCAGGAGGCCCUGCCGGUGAUGAACGGAGUCUCGGGCUCUGACAGCGACGGGUACAACCACUGGUCUGAGAUGAAGCCAGCACAGCCCAAAUCUUUAUCUCCUCCCCAGCCUCAGAAGCAGCUGAGUGACUCUUACUCCAAUACACUCCCAGUUCGCAAAAACGUGGCACCGAAAAACAGCUACGCCUCAGCUGAAAACAAGACCCUGCCACGCUCCAGCUCCAUGGCCGCCGGGCUCGAGAGGAACGGCCGCACGAGGGUGCAGGCGAUUUUCUCGCACGCUGCCGGGGAUAACAGCACCCUCCUGAGCUUCAAGGAGGGAGACCUCAUCACCCUGCUGGUGCCCGAGGCCCGCGACGGCUGGCACUACGGAGAGAGCGAGAAAACCAAGAUGAGGGGCUGGUUUCCUUUCUCCUACACACGGGUCCUUGACAACGAUGGCAGCGAGCGGGUGCACACCAGCCUGCAGCAAGGGAAGAGCAGCAGCACUGGCAACCUGCUGGACAAGGAUGACAUCUCCAUCCCACCGCCAGACUAUGGCAUGGCCUCGCAGGCCUUCCCAGCACAGGGCAGCAACACCUUCAAGCAGCGGCCCUACAGCGUGGCCGUGCCCGCCUUCUCCCAGGACUACCUAAUGCCCUAUGGGUGUGCAAUUAAAGACUAUGCCAGUGGCCUCUGCCAAGCACCCUCCGCUCACUACAAGCCUUACACUAGGUCGACAGCUGGUCUCGAUGACUACGGGACGAGGUCCGUCAACAGGAACCCCUUUGCCAACGUCCAGCUGAAGCCAACGGUGACAAACGACCGCUCGGCCCCGCUCAUCAGCUGAUCCGGGAGCGCUGGCACCGCGUGGCACCCGCCACCUCCUCAUCCUCAUCUUCCUCAUCCUCCUCCUCGCUGCUGCACGUCCAGCUUCCCAGGACUCCAUUCCUAGGCGGAACUUAUUAAUCCUGCUGCUUUGAAAGCCAAAGGCUCAAGCUAGUGCCCUAGUUCUCUCUUCUCUAGACUCCCUCGGUGGCAGGGGGUCACAGCGCUGCCGUGUCACCUGUCCCCUGCCUGUGCUGAGUGUGGUGGCACUUCCCCGAGUCAGGGCAGCGUGUCCCAGAGCCGGGGGGGCUCCCAGGCCCAGCAGCAGCUUGCUGUGGGUGGGGAAAGGGGCUCAGAUGGAGAACAGCUCUCCAUGGCUGGCUCACAGUGCUCCAGGGGGCAGCCAGGCAGAGAGGACACGGUCCCCCUGCUCAGAUGAGAGGGACCCCCAGGCCAGCCAGGACACUGGGACACCCCCAGGCCAGCCAGGACACCUCGGCCAAGCCAAGGCACGGAGGGUGGCACAGGCAGCUCCCAGGCUCCCACCAGACCCCGGUGCCCACGCCAUGCCCAGGGCUGGGACAGGGCAGGGGGUGCCAGCUCCGCUCCCAGAGCUCCUGCCGUGCCAGGGCUCGGGUACUGCAGGGAAUUACGGUACUGCUGUAAAAUAUAAGCUAGGAAAAAACCACUGGUGGAGGCAGGGCAGUGUGGGAGUGAGCCUUGGGGUGCCCCUGCUCUCCCUGCAGACAGGAGCUCCUUGGGGUGCCCCUGUUCUCCCUGCAGACAGGAGCUC